AUGUCUGUGCUUACAGCAUCAUCCUUUCCAGCGGAGCUUCUCCUCGAAAUCCUCCAGUACAAUCCAUUCGAGUCAACUGCCACGGUUCAUAACCUGUCCUUGGUGCAUCCAAGGUUCCGGGAUAUCCUGGAAAACUACGAAAUCUCAACAACAAAAAGAUUCGCGAGGAACUCUCUGCCAUACGUGUACACCGACGUCCCAGACUCUCCCAACGGAACCAGGAAAGGGUAUGCGUGGCUGGACAGAUGCAUCCAUCACUAUGAUACAGCAGACGACAUCAUGGCGACCCUCACCUCGAAGCAGAACUGCUACCCUGUAGAAAAGCAUAACAUGGCGCUUGUGAACACGGGCAUUCUUAUCCUGUACCGGCUCAACUCCAUUCAAUCCUACGUCUCCAAACUCGCAUUCAUUGAAUCCCUCCCGGAAGACCCGUUGAUGGCGAUGUUCCUCGCGGUUCACUACUCCACCCGCACUGCUCGCUACCACGGUGAUGGCAUCAUCAACCAACGCACAUAUGGCCACUUCCUAGACGCCAACCAACUCUCCCUCCGCAACGAAGUCGAAUUCUGCUUUGCUGAAGGGGCGUUGGAGCUCGGUCCCAACUUCAUCGCGACAUGCUUCUUCGGGAGAUCCUUCAUGCCGCCGGUUACGCAAGGCCCGAUGAGGGAGAAGAGAUUGAGUUCGCUGUUUACAUCGUUGUUGGAGAGAUUGGCAGAGUUGAAGGAUUGGAAGCUCGAAACGGUUGUUGGGAAUAUUGAAUGGGAGGUUGUGGAUGAAGAGCAUGACCUCAGUUGGUUAGAUUUAGAGGGUAAGGCGAGGUUGGUGGGGGGUAUGGAUCUGGAAUAUUGAAAACCAGGAGAGUGAGUCUGCCUUGUGAUAUUCUCGUUCGGGAUUGGCGUGAGUGGCGUCCAGAUUUUGGGUACCGUGUUAGAUAGUUGAUGGCGUUAUAGAAGAGCUUGGAGAUAGUCUUUGUCAUUUCCCGAAAGUUUUGUUGAUGUUG